AUGUAUUGGCCUGAAGCAUACCACGACAUUGCUAUACUGAAACUCGCCACUCCCGCUAUACUCUCCAACCGCGUUGCUGUUGCUCCAAUCGCUGGACCCAAAUACAUCGUCCCAGAUAACACUACUGUCACUGCUGCCGGAUGGGGCCUCCUUGAAUAUGAUGGUGAACCAUCAGUAAUCCUUCAACAAGUUGAUGUAAAAAAAGUCAACCAUGAUAUCUGCAGAGCAAAUUACGCUGAACUACAGGCUCUGCUAGGCGAACAUGAAGUUCCUAACGUAACAUCGGAAAUGGUAUGCGCUGGUAUAUUGGGCGUCGGUGGCAAAGAUGCCUGCCAAGGCGACUCAGGGGGACCUCUUCUUCACCAAGGAGUCAUAAUUGGAGUUACCUCUUGGGGACACGAAUGUGCCCAUCCGAAGUAUCCCGGUGUCUAUGUCAACGUACCCUCUUAUACCAGUUGGAUAGUUGAGAAUGCGGAGAACUGA